AUGAACAUUUGCACUUUGGCUUUGCUCCCACCAUUUAAAGAUGGUGUUAAAGUUGAUGAGAAAAUUAUAAAUUUUGUGGAAACCGUGCAAUUUAUAUUUGUAUCAUUCACAUUUCCAUUCUAUUUGAUAAUUUUAUUUUUUCUUGUGGAUUCGCAAAAACAAAAGUCUGAUAAAUUGCGAAGUCCAUUUUUCAAGUUAUGCAUUUCCACAGCAAUUGUUGAUAUAUGUAAGUUACAGAAUUUUAAUAAUGUUAAAUUGUGUGUUCUUUCUAGGGACCCUCUUAACCAAUUAUUUUGGUGCAAUGUUUCCCAAAUGGGGUUGGGGUGUUUCAAUUUACAUGUCUCUUGAUGUCAUCUACACUAAUUUAUAUUUAUAUUUUGCCUGGAGCACAGGAAUUUGUCAGGCGAUGUCAGUUUCGGUAUUGGCAGCAAAUCGAGUAUCCGCCAUGUUAUUUCCCGAUAUUUACAAAGAGUUAUGGUCAGGAUAUAAAUUGACAAUCGCAAUUUCAAUCCAAUUUUUCUUUGGGCUGACUAUUGGAAUGGCUACUUAUUUCAAUCCAACAGUUUUGUAUAGAACUGAAAAAAAUGGAGUUGUUUCAAAAUUUACUAAUGAUACAUUAACUAAUGCGUUUUUUGCACUUGGAGGAGUAUUUCUCCUGUUUUGUGUUUUAUUUCUAAUUUCUUCGUAUUGUUAUCUUUUCUAUCGACUUCGUCAACAAAAUCAAAAACGAUUCAAAAAUUCUGUAAAUCGAAUUGGAAUUAGAAAACAUCCACCAAAGAAAAAUCAUAGCGAAUUUCGAUUAUUCAUUAUGAGUAGUAUUAUUGUUGCUAUUCAAAUAACUGUAUUUAUGUUAUUCGUUGUUAGAGCUACAAAUAUAAUUCCACUUGGUGCAGAAACUUUUUAUCUUAUUUAUAACGCGCUUAGCGAUGUUUACGCUGGUAUAAAUCCUUAUCUUUUAUGGAUAUUUUCCAAGGAUUUGCGCAAAUAUAUAAUUGACAGAACUUGGUUAUCAAGAAAAAAACGUUUGAGAUUAACAACAUCUGUUAUAUCAUUGUCAUAA